AGCAGAUGCUACUGGGUGCUGAGAGAGGUCGGGUGGAAACUGCAGCGGGAUGACGACGUAGCUCCGGUGUCCCGGCUAAAUGACUGGGAUCUUCGCUACUUCCUGUCGGCCUUCAGCUUUCAUCCAUCCAUUCAUCUGUCCAGACACCACAGCUGACCGCACAGCCACAUCCGGACUCCACACAAAGGGAGCAAAGCAGUCUGCUAUCUCUAAAAAAAAAAAAAAUCCAGGAAUUCACAGAGUGAUGGUGAAACCAACUGAUGCUAAUAUUAUCUUAUAUGAAGAAUAUGAUCAUAACGGGCUGUAGAGACUGAAUGAUCACGUGGUCAGUAAUUAUCCAAUAAUGGCAUUGGGACCUCCUACCUGACGGAGCAAUUAUUCACCUGUCGGCUUCAAUUCCACGGGUAUUCAGAGUUUGAAAACCUGUUUGUCCCAUGGGAAUGACUCUUUGCAGUUUACUGAUCCACUUAAGGAUUUCUAGGCCACUUGCAGGCAACUCCAUGUUUUUGCUCCACGGUGAAGGCAUGCUAGAUUGACUGUGUUUACAAAAGGUGGUGACAGCUCUGCGCUUGAAUUCACUCAGUGUUCACCUGCUCCCAUUCACUAUUUAAAGCUCCCUAUUACUAGAAACCCUGCUAAGAUGACUACUGAGUGGGGUGAGAAAUCCACAGCGGACCUCAUGAGUAGUUAUGUCUCCAAGGAAAUGGGAUAUGGAGUACCCAAGGAAGGUUGGCGAAUCUGUCUGGCACACGAGUUCAAAGAGAAGAGAAAGCCCUUUCAAGCAAAAGAUGUCUCGCUGUCCAACAUCUGGGAGCACAUUGGCCUUGGAGUCAGGUAUCUGAAAUGGUGGUACAAGAAGACCCAGGUAGAAAAGAAGGCUCCAUUCAUUGAUAUGUUUCGUGCCCAACCCUUACGUCAAAUAUAUGGUGCCCCACUCGGUGGUAUUGGCGGAGGUACCAUCACAAGAGGUUGGAGGGGAGAGUUCUGUAGAUGGCAGCUUAACCCUGGAAUGUACCACUACAAAACGGUCACAGCCAACCAGUUCACAGUUUGUUUGCGUCGUGGAGGACAAACAGUUUACCAGCAGGUGCUAUCUGUAGAGCGUCCUCCCACGUUACAAGGCUGGAACUGGGGUUACUGUGGGGAGUACGCCUUCUAUCACGCCUUGUACCCCCGCGCCUGGACUGUCUACCACCUGCCAGGACAGAAUGUCACCCUAACCUGCAGACAGAUUUCCCCCGUCAUUCCCCAUGACUACCAGGACUCUAGUCUGCCAGUGGCUGUGUUUGUAUGGGACAUAGAGAACAAGAAUGACCACGAUCUAGAUGUCUCCAUCAUGUUUACUAUGGUCAAUGGGUCGGGACACAAAGACGACAAGAGCGGGGGACACUGGAAUGAACCAUUCCACCUGGAGAAGGAGGGGGAGGCAGUGUCUGGGGUCUUGCUACAUCACUGCACUGCCGUGAACCCUUACACUCUGUGCAUUGCGGCCCGAGAACAGCCUGACCGGGAGGUCAGUCACCAGACAGCGUUCAGUCCAAAGGGAACUUGCAGCAGUCUGUGGAGUGACCUCAUCACUGAUGGACGAUUGGACUCUCCUACAGGUUCCAGCCCGCCCACGCCAAGGGGAGAGAAGGUGGCAGCAGCGCUGGCUGUGGGCUGCUCAGUGCCGGCUCAGAGCCAUAACAGCCUGGAGUUCUCUCUGGCCUGGGACAUGCCCAAAAUCACCUUUGGCUCUAGGGAAAGGGAACACAUCAGGAGAUACACUCGUUACUUUGGGACCACAGGGGAUGCGUCCCCCUCUCUGAGUCACUACGCCCUAACACACUACAGACAGUGGGAGAAGAGCAUUGAGGACUGGCAGAGACCAGUUCUGCAGGACAGUUCUCUCCCCUCCUGGUAUAAAUCGGCCUUGUUUAACGAGUUGUACUUUGUGGCGGACGGGGGGACAGUGUGGACAGAAUUACCAGAGGAUGCUGAUGUCAGUGGUGGUGUGCGCAGCGAAGACGGGGGGCUUCCAGCUCAGCCUGCUGUCAUCAAGGAGUACGGUCGAUUUGCCUACUUAGAAGGUCAGGAGUACAGAAUGUACAACACAUACGAUGUGCACUUCUACGCUUCUUUUGCACUUAUCAUGCUGUGGCCCAAACUUGCCUUGAGUGUGCAAUACGACAUUGCUGGCAGUGUGGUUCAGCAGGACCCAACAGAGAGGCUCCAUCUGAUGAGUGGGCGGUGUUCUCCUGUCAAGGCCAAAAAUGUGGUGCCUCAUGACAUAGGAGACCCAGAUGAUGAGCCAUGGCAGAGGGUGAAUGCCUACCUCAUUCAUGACACAGCAGACUGGAAGGACCUGAACCUGAAGUUUGUGCUUCAGGUCUACCGGGACUUUCAUCUCACCCAGGACAGUCAGUACCUUCGGGACAUGUGGCCUAUCUGCCAGGCGGUGAUGGAGUCAGAGAUAAAGUUUGACCUGGAUGGAGAUGGACUAAUAGAAAACUCUGGAUAUGCUGAUCAGACCUAUGACGGCUGGACAGUGACUGGACCAAGUGCAUACUGUGGAGGGCUGUGGUUGGCGUCCCUGUGUGUGAUGUGUAAAAUGGCCAGACUGGUGGAAAACGAGGACACAUACCAACAUUACAGAGACAUCUUGGACAGAGGCAGUGCUGCUUUUGACCAACUGCUGUGGAACGGCAAGUACUACAACUAUGACAGCAGCGGCAGAGACCUUUCUAACAGUGUCAUGUCUGACCAGUGCGCUGGCCACUGGUUCCUGAGAGCAUCUGGGCUGGGGGAGGGAGACUACCAGGCUUUUCCAAAAGAAAAAAUCCAGUGCGCACUAAAAUCUGUCUUUGACUUGAAUGUAAUGAGCUUUGCUGGAGGCCAGAUGGGGGCUGUUAACGGCAUGCGUCCUGAAGGAGUACCUGACCGCUCCAGUGUCCAGUCAGAUGAGGUCUGGAUUGGAGUAGUGUAUGGACUGGCAGCCACCAUGAUCCAUGAAGGUAUGCGGGAUGAAGGUAUGCGCACAGCAGAGGGUUGCUACCGGACUGUGUGGGAGAAACUAGGCAUGGCGUUCCAGACCCCUGAAGCCUACUGUGAGAAGGGCAUCUAUCGCUCUCUGGCCUACAUGAGGCCUCUGAGCGUCUGGGCCAUGCAGCUAGCCCUAAACACUUCACAGAAGGAUGAGACCACAUUAGCUCAAACUGGAGACAUAGACAGGUUUUAGAGAUUAGAGACGUACAAGCUCCUCUAAAAUGACCUCCAAACCGUCCUGCAGCCACCACUCUCAUCUGUGCUCCCACCCAUGCAGGGCUCUGUUUGACUAGUUACAGAGCUUGAGUUUAAUUCUCUGCUGUUUGUUUUGCUUCAGAUGUUUUGUCGUUUGAGGCUUGAGGUCAUAACUGUGAUGAUGCUUAACAAAGUCAGUAGCUACUGUAAAUCAUGGUAUUUUUAGGUGAAGAACUUUUUUCAAGAGCCCACAAAUGGUUUCAGAAGUGUUCAGUGUAGGGUAUUAGCCAGGCACUGUCAAAAUCAUAGCCAGUAUCUAUUGCUAAUUUAAAACUGACCUGGGGUUCUAGCAACAUACUGUUUGCGCGCAUGUAGACACAUGCACUGCAUUUAAGAAUUUGCAAUCAUAUUAAUAAUAAUGUCUGCACACUUGCAACAAGUUAAAUGCUAAAUAUUUGAGGAUGUAGUCCUAAUUGUCUUGAACAGCUCAGUGCAUCAGAAGGCCUGUGACUGAAUCAUGUCAGAUUUGAUUGAUAACUGGAUCAGAUAUAUAGACACUUUUCUUUUUACUCCACUUAAAUUGGAAUGCUGUAGUAUGUGAUGAGCAGUGUUGGAAAUUAAGACUGAAAAGAUUUUUUUUCUUUUUUUAAAAUAGCAUUUGGUGCCUUGAUGCAUGUUGGCCUAUAUCUACAGUAUAUAAAUGUAGUGGCAACAUUUACUAUGUUUUAUAAGGUUCAAUACUCAUGACAAUCAUGCUGAAUAAAUGACUGAAUAAGACAUAACAGGGUGUUUGUUAU